AAGGGAACGCUGGUUCAUUUUGGACUGUGUGGCCAUGGACAGGAUAGCCCAAGACUACAGCCAUGCUCUGCCAAAACUGGGCUCUGUUAUUCCCCUUUAUGAUGCUCAGCAGGACCCAUAUGCGACAGCCUAUUUUGCAAGCAAGCCUGUGCUUCUUUUAUUCCAACGAAUGGGGCAGGCAAACAGACGGUCCUCGAGUUAUGAAAAACUUGUGCAACGUUUCCAGCACAGAGGAGAUGCGGCUCUUUAUUUGCAGAACCGGAACAAAGCAGGAGCAGGUCAUUCUGCAGAACAGGUGAGGGGGCACCUGCUCUUUAUCAACUCAAAUAAACCUGUGCUUGGUUACAAUGGAGCCUUCGGCUACCGGAGGAACACCCCGUCUCUGCGCAGGCAGCCCUCGCCAUUUGGGAGAGUCACCAACUUGCCACUGCAUUAGAUCUUUCCCACCAGUCACCCUCCCCUCCACUGCACAGCCAGUCACCAUCUUGAAUACGAGCCAAAUUUGUGCAGCUUGCAGUGAGCAUUUUGAUCAGCAACCACAAAUGACAAACUAAUGCUGUGGGAUUUUUCUGUCUAUUGUGGUAUGGCUCCAUAACUGAGGUUUGGCUGCAAGUGGGGGGUGGGGGGAAAUCUGAUUUUAACAGGUACUUCCUACUAAUGGAAAAUCUGGACAAGCCAUUUGCCAGAGUAAAGGAAGUCCACUGCAUGCAACUCGAAGGCUUCCAUGUUCUGGAAUUGGCUUCACCUGUGCUAGCCUUACGAUCAUGGAAACAAACCAUGCUCUUGGGAUAGGCAGAACUUCUGGCCAACAUGUCAGUGAGUGUGAGGCAUACAGCACAAGGACCUGUGGCUGAUUCCGUGCUUUAGUUCCAAUGUAUUUGUUUGAGUAGUGGUCAGUUUUGGUUGAGCUGCAAUAAAGAUUUAUGUUUGAAAGUU